CGGACACUCUGGACCAUGACCUUGGACAGCAAACUCAUGGAGGACACUGACAUUGACGUGGAGGGACAGGCAGACUGUGGUGCAGAUGCGAAGAACACAGGGUUGUCAGUGUUGAGUAAGGAGAAUGCCGACUUCGAGCAAAACGCUUCAUCCUGCACUCCUGAAGUCCGGGAGGAGGGAGACUUUGCAGACCGGGUACGGGACGGUCCAGGCAGGAGAGCCGCCUCGGUGAAGCCCCCGUACUCUUACAUCGCACUCAUCACCAUGGCCAUCCUCCAGAGCCCAAAAAAGAGACUCACCCUCAGUGAGAUAUGUGAUUUUAUCAGCCAGCGCUUUGCGUAUUACCGGGAGAAGUUCCCUGCGUGGCAAAACUCAAUCCGACACAACCUGUCUCUAAAUGACUGCUUUGUGAAAAUGCCCCGCGAGCCUGGGAACCCUGGCAAAGGAAAUUAUUGGACCCUGGAUCCCAUGUCGGCCGAUAUGUUUGAAAACGGGAGUUUUCUUCGGCGGAGGAAACGCUUCAAGAGGCAGCAUUUCUAUUUGGGAGCGUUGAAGGAGUCCAGGGCGCUGGAGCGCAGCCUGCUGCCCGUUUUCCCUCUGCUCGGAGCGCACAGGAUGGGUUCUGGUCUCCAGGGUCCUGAUUUGUACCACGACCUGGGCAUAAGAAGUCGUUUAAGCUCCCACAAUAGUCCCAGUAUCCCGCCUGUAAGCAGCAUCAUACCUGCGCUCUCCUCGCUCCUCUCCAAGAAUUUCCCUUGUCUGACUUUUGAACAUUUCAACCCGGGACGCUGCGCCGCCGUCCCAUCUUUGGCUCCAAACUCCUCGCUCAUGCCUGCUGUCUCGCUGCACGGAAUGAUUCCCAGCUACGCUGUUUCUCAGCUGUCCAAUUUCCCCACUGGGAUCAUAAAAGUUUCAUCUAAUUUAAUUUAAUGUCGCCUAAUGCUGUCCGCCUGUGGUGAACUCACGGUGAGGUGAACUGAAUAGUCUUCCUCUCGGCCUGAGAAUAAAUAAAUGGUACAUUCUAAUACUACAGGUUUGAAUGAUGGCCUACUCUUGCAAACAGGCCACUAUAUUUAGCCAACUAUGUGCUUGCUAGAAGCAAAUGUUUUUGAAUAACUGAUAUUUUACAGUUCUCUUGGAAUAAAAACGUGAUUAAUUGAC